GCGGCGGGGCCGGGCCGGAGCGCUGCGGCCGCGGCGGGUCCGGGGCCAUGGGGACCCGCGGGCAGCCAGGCACCCCCCGCAGCCAGCGACCACCAUGUAGGCUGCCCGGGCCCCGGACAACCCUCAUGGACUGAGGAAGGGGUUGCGUGAUAUCCUUCUUUAUUUUAUUUUUUUUUUAAUGUUUCUUUAGCGUUGUGUGGGUUUAUUUCCCUUCCUUUUUAUUUUUUUUAUUAUUAUUUUUUAAAAUUUUCAAUUACCGUGCUGGAAGAUGAAAUGCUUCUCGCGCUAUCUGCCGUACAUCUUCAGACCGCCCAGCGCCAUCCUCUCCGCCAGCUGCCACGCGGAAGCUGACAUCAUCUCUACAGUAGAAUUCAACCACACCGGAGAAUUACUAGCAACAGGGGACAAGGGGGGCCGUGUUGUAAUAUUUCAGCGUGAGCAGGAGAGCAAGAACCAGCCCCACCGCCGGGGAGAGUACAAUGUCUACAGCACCUUCCAGAGCCACGAGCCGGAGUUCGAUUACCUGAAAAGUUUGGAGAUUGAGGAGAAAAUCAACAAGAUCCGAUGGCUGCCACAGCAGAACGCAGCCUAUUUCCUGCUCUCCACCAAUGAUAAAACAGUGAAGCUGUGGAAGGUCAGCGAGCGGGACAAGAGGCCCGAGGGAUACAACCUCAAGGAUGAGGACGGCCGUCUCCGAGACCCCUCCAUGAUCACUGUACUGCGGGUUCCCGUGCUCCGGCCCAUGGAUCUCAUGGUGGAAGCCACCCCCCGGAGGGUGUUUGCCAAUGCUCACACCUACCACAUCAACUCCAUCUCUGUCAACAGCGACUACGAGACCUAUAUGUCAGCAGAUGACCUGAGGAUAAACCUGUGGAACUUUGAAAUCACAAAUCAAAGUUUUAACAUCGUGGACAUCAAGCCGGCCAACAUGGAGGAGCUGACAGAGGUGAUCACAGCUGCUGAGUUCCACCCCCACCACUGCAACACCUUUGUCUACAGCAGCAGCAAAGGCACCAUCCGUCUGUGCGACAUGCGCACCGCUGCCCUCUGCGACCGCCACGCCAAGUUUUUUGAAGAGCCCGAAGACCCCAGUAACCGGUCGUUUUUUUCUGAGAUCAUCUCCUCCAUCUCCGAUGUCAAAUUCAGCCACAGUGGGAGGUACAUCAUGACCCGGGACUAUCUCACAGUCAAGGUGUGGGACCUGAACAUGGAGAACCGGCCCAUCGAGACCUACCAGGUCCAUGACUACCUGAGGAGCAAGCUCUGCUCUCUCUACGAGAACGACUGCAUCUUCGACAAGUUUGAGUGUGUCUGGAAUGGCUCCGACAGUGUCAUCAUGACCGGAUCCUACAACAACUUCUUUCGCAUGUUCGACCGCAACACCAAGCGGGACGUGACCCUGGAGGCCUCUCGGGAGAACAGCAAACCCCGCGCCGUCCUCAAACCCCGCAAGGUCUGCGUGGGGGGCAAGAGGAGGAAAGAUGAAAUUAGCGUGGACAGUCUGGACUUUAGCAAAAAGAUCCUGCACACAGCUUGGCACCCCUCCGAGAACAUCAUUGCCGUGGCAGCAACAAAUAACCUGUAUAUAUUCCAGGACAAGGUUAACUAGGAGGACAAGUUGUUCUUUAGGGUUCUCAUGUACUGAACACUAGUAAACACCAAGAUUUCAAAUGGUUUUUUCUUUCUUUCUUCUUUUU